GGUGCUUGACGAGCCUCCUCUUUGUCCGGGUUCGGCCAUUUGGGCAGUCUCUGCCUCUGCCUUAUUAAUCAGCUUUCACUGAAAAGGAAUGCUGCGAGCUGCUCUCUGUCUAUCUGCAUGGAUGCUGUUCCUCCGGAGUCAAUGCGCCAACAUGGAAGAAGGCUGUGUGAGCUAUUGGAAGAUCAGCAAGAGCUCCUGGAGCAUGAUGGAUACUCAGACAGAGCAGUUAAUUCUGCUGCGUGCAUUUGCUGGUUUGGCAGUGCUUGCAGAAGGCUGAAGAGGCUCUCCGACUACGGGUUCAAGAGGAAGAAGAAAGCCGAGGCCAUCAGGCUUCUGAUCAAGAGAGCUUGGAGAUGGCAUGCUGCGGCCAUUGACAGGGUGACGAAGGGCAACAGCCACGGUGUAAAAUUCCACAGGCUCUCUUCUUCAGCUGUCGCCGACGAUGCUGAGAUGAACAAGGAGGAGAGGAGCCCCGUGUCGGUCCUUGCUCUGCAUUCUCAUGAAGUCGAGGAAGAAUCGACAUCACCUUCGAGUUCUGAGUCAACAGAAGAGACGAAGAAUUCCAGGAUGCUAGAGUUCGAAGAAAACCUCCCUGGUUGUGACGAAAACAUCACCAUCUCCGAGUUGAUAGAUCGUGAUCUCUCCGAAUCGAAGAAAGAAUGGACCCAAUUCGAGCACGAGCGAAGGGAGGUCGGAACUGCGAUUGAGCACAUCAUCUUCGAAGACAUCAGACGAGAAACUGCACUGCAUCUUCUUCUGCAUCGUAGUAGCUGCACGAUGCAAAUUCCUGUCGAUUCCAGUCAUUAUUUUUAAUUGCUUUCUUAGAUUACUCCGAAUCACUGUGCAAGAUGCGCAAACUUCCUCAAGCUCAGUACAAACUCCAAACAUGUAACAGGGCCAUA